GAGACUCACGCUCCCGGCGUGCUCUGCGGCCCGGCCCGCGCACCCAGGGGCGUGGCCUGCGCGCGCGUGCGCCGUCGUCGAACGUAGUGGCGGGGCGGGCGAGGCGGUCGCUUCGAGCGCGCUCAUCAGCUCCCUGAAGGGAGUGAGGGCGGUUGGGUGCCCGCGGCCACUUCUGCCUUCCCCGGGAGAUGUCCUUUGCUUCUCAGAUGUAAAUGCACUUUAAGUUUGUUAUUCAACAGUGAAAAUGAGUCAUACAGAGGUUAAAUUAAAAAUACCUUUUGGAAAUAAAUUACUAGAUGCCGUUUGUUUGGUACCUAACAAGAGCUUAACAUAUGGAAUAAUUCUUACACAUGGAGCAUCAGGAGAUAUGAAUCUUCCUCAUUUGAUGUCGCUGGCAUCCCAUCUUGCAUCCCAUGGGUUUUUUUGCCUGAGAUUUACCUGCAAAGGCCUUAAUAUUGUACAUAGAAUUAAGGCAUAUAAAUCAGUUUUGAAUUACCUAAAGACAUCAGAAUACAAACUUGCAGGAGUUUUUCUUGGAGGUCGUUCAAUGGGCUCAAGAGCAGCUGCUUCUGUAAUGUGUCACAUUGAGCCAGAUGACGCUGAUGAUUUUGUUCGAGGUCUCAUAUGUAUUUCUUAUCCACUGCACCAUCCAAAGCAGCAGCAUAAACUCAGAGAUGAAGAUCUCUUUCGUUUAAAAGAGCCUGUACUGUUUGUGUCAGGCUCAGCAGAUGAAAUGUGUGAAAAGAACUUGUUGGAGAAAGUGGCACAGAAAAUGCAAGCUCCCCAUAAAAUCCACUGGAUUGAGAAGGCAAAUCAUUCCAUGGCAGUGAAAGGACGGUCAACAAAUGAUGUUUUCAAAGAAAUAAAUACACAGAUUUUGUUUUGGAUCCAAGAAAUUACUGAAAUGGACAAGAAAUGUCAUUAGUUAAAAGCCAUAUUAUUUUGAAUACACAUACAGUUAAUUUGAUAAAGAACAAUAUGCCCCAGCAUUGAGAUAUAUUUCAGACUAAUUUGAUGUUCUUUAAUGUUCCCUUAUUUUUGAAACACGUUUUAAAUGUGAAAUUAAUGUCCGUCACAAAAUGUCUUUUGAAAGCACUGUUAUAGUUGUAUAAAGAUGAUGUAAAAAUAUCGAAGGUGGUCUAAAUAUAAUUUAUUUUCAUUAGUAUAGUUAAGUUUUGAAAAAAAUUAAACAUUUGAAUUUUGUUACA